UUGAGUGCUCUUGCUGCAGCAGAGAGAGGGAAAAAAGGAUACAUCAGUGCCACAGAGGAGAGAAAGAGAGAGACUGCUUUCUGCAUCACAGCACUCUAUCCUUCAUUUACAUUCCAGACGCUGGCUCCUCUGUGGAGAGCCCCUUCUCCGAAAUGCCAAUCACAUUGUUGUGAGGGGGCUGGGUGACUGGCACGUGCAGAAGAGGUUCCCCAGUCUUCGUUCGACUGACGACUGAAGUUGCUGCAAAGACAUCAGACUCUGGAUUACAUCAUUUUUGGGGAUUUGUAGGAAUAAACAAUUUGAUUACGUUAUUGUGAGGAAUCUCCAGCGCUGCUUAGUUGUGCUUGAUCCUCCUGACUAAUAACUGUUUGAGAGCGACUGGGACUUUUGUGAUCAGAGUGGCAAGGACUCUGCUUCCUCUGCUUUUUUCCUUGUGUGCGUCCUGUGCUGACAGCUGCCUGCCCCGCUCAGGCGCAGCUGUGCUUCUCCCCGGAAAGGUAGGGGACUGAUUUAAGAGGGGGGAGUUUAUGUUCUCUACUGCUGGGGUUUGCUCCGGAGUUGAAGCUAGACUCGUCACCUGACCACCACAACAGCUUGUAGUGACUGAUUCUCCUCAAGAUACUGUCGCUGCAUGUGUGUGCUUUGGUAUAAGGAUUGCUGUGGACACUAAGGACUAGUGGAUCAUGUUGCUGUUGAUAUGGAAGCCACCUGGCACGGACAUCUCCCCCAUGUCUAUCAGUGGAAGCCAUACUUUGGGCAGCCUUUGCUGAGCUAGGCCCCCAAGGAACUAGCACCCUUAAUGUGUGCCCAAGUGCACCCUGAACAAGAUGAACGCAACUGAAUUGAACCAUAGCACAGAACCCUUUUGCCUGCUGGACAUUGGCUACUCACAGAACUUCAGCACCUGCCUGCUGGAAAUAGCUGUUAUUCUCUUCUUGACAGUGCUCAUCAUCUUCGGGAACCUGGUGGUUAUCUUUGUGUUCCACUGUGCCCCGUUACUCAGCCACCAUACCACUAGCUCCUUUAUACAGACUAUGGCAUAUGCAGACUUGCUGGUUGGGGUCAGCUGUCUUAUCCCCUCUUUGUCCCUCCUGCACCAACUGGAGGGUGUGAAUGAGAAACUCACCUGCAUGGUCUUCAGCUACAUGGUCUGUGUGUUGAAGAGCGUCUCCAUGGCUUCUCUAGCAUGCGUUAGUAUUGACCGUUAUGUUGCCAUCACCCGACCUCUUUCCUACACAGCUCUGGUCACACCCUGCCGUCUUCGCACUUGCAUUACCCUCAUUUGGCUGUACUCUGCACUCAUCUUUUUGCCCUCUUUUUUUGGUUGGGGCAAGCCAGGGUACCACGGUGAUGUAUUUAAAUGUUGCUCUUCCUGGGACACCCAGCCCCUUUUUACAGCAUUUAUUGUCACAGCCCUCUAUGCACCAGCUGCUUUCACCGUUUGCUUCACCUAUGCCCAUAUCUUUCGAAUCUGUCGGCAGCACACUCGGCAGAUCAGCGACCGGAGAGCUCGCUUUGGCCCACAGGAUCCUGAGCCAGGUGAGCAAGCCUGCACAGACAAGCGCUAUGCCACGGUGCUCUUCCAUAUCACCAGUGUGUUCUACCUGCUUUGGCUACCCUACAUCAUUUACUUUUUACUAGAGAGCGCAGGGAUAUACCACCAUGCUAUUGCCUCAUUCAUAACCACAUGGCUGGCAAUUAGCAAUAGUUUUUGCAACUGUCUCAUCUACAGCCUGUCGAACAGCGCCUUCCGCAAAGGACUCAAGCGUCUCUGCCUGAUUUGUCUGCAACGUAGUGACAACAAGAAGUCCCUAGGAGAUCCACCAACACCUCCGCGCCCUGCUUUCCAUGUUUAACACCAUCUUUUGGCUAGAUAGUGAGCUUGAUGUUGAUGGCAAGUGUCUUGUCAAAUUAAAAGUGGAUACUGAAGAUUUGUUUCGGCAUCUGUGCACUGUCCCAGUUCAAGCCAGGUAUUUUGAAUGGUGCAAGUUGACAAAGGUCUGUUUUCCCAUAUGUUUUGUUGCAGGAUUACCUGGCAGCAAGAAAAAAACAUUUGACCUUGGUCAUUAAAGAUGAAGUGGGCAGCUACUGUAUGUGAGAGUGUGCCAUUCUCAUCAGUGUUUGCAGAUAUACGAUUCUCAGCAGUUAUUGCUACAAUGAUGAAUUAAGCAAUGACUAAAGGAGAAAAAUAUUCUGUGAGAUAUGAUUGCAAAGUUCUUAGAUUGCAACAAAUAUUGUCUGUAUGCGAAAAGCAUAGUUUUCAUUAGUGACAUCAUUAGUCUCGGUUUCUCCUGUUAACUGGCGCACAUGUGUUUAUAUGUAGGGGAAAAAGAAGGAUCCCUGCUUGACUGAUAUACAACCUUAAAUAUUAUUGACUAGAUGUUAAAAUUAUCUUCUGGUCAAAGACUUUGCUAAGUUUAAAAGCAUUUCCAAGGGCUGACCUGGUUUUGAACUCAUGAUUUUAUUUGUUUUUACUAGUAAUAUCUGAUUCUUGCCUCUGAAUUUCUGAGGAUAAUCUGAUCCCUACCAUGCUCUUAGUGGAAGAAUGUGUUUGCUAGAUCCGCAGUGUUUUUUUUUUUUUUGUCUUUGAACCAGUGACAAAUCUUGACCUUCAGCAGUCACAAUUGGAAUUUUUAAAAAGCCGUUUUCCCAAAGAACAGAAGUCGACCCCCAGCCCGCAAGCAGUGCCACAAUUACAUGGACUUCCCAUUUUCUGCUGAUUUAAAGCCAUGCAGGGAUUACAAAACCACGCCUCCAGUCGGAGGACAUCAUCCUUGAAAAACGCAGUAAUACAACAACAAACAGAUGACCUAUUUUGACGGAAUCAUUUCUAAACCUUGAUCACACUGGAGAUUUAACUUUUUACCUGGACCCCGCAAGAUCCCUUCACCCCUAGUUUCAACUCUUAUUCUAUAGGCUUUACAUCCUUCAAGUCAUUUUGGAAAAA